CUUUCAGUUGGAUCAACUUGUAAACGAGUUUACCGUCGUGUGUUACCCAUCGAUACGUCACGUGAUCACAAUAGCGUAUAAAUCACUGCGUUGUGUUAUUAGAAAUCAGACGUUCGGUGAAGCUACUCGCCAACUGUUCCUAGUUUCUAUGUUCACUGGAGGAUGAAUACCUUGUUUCCGUUCCUCGUUGUUCUGGCGAUGUUGUGGAGCGCAGAGCUCCACACGGUGGAGACAGCUGUCCAGUGUAAAUCUGGAAAGAAACUACGCCAAGACUGCAGGUCUUCCAUGAUGAAAUAUCGAGUAACUGUCAUCAAGGAGCUGUGGUGGUGCCGGCGAGGAAACACCAACUGCGGGUACAGGGCGGCAUUAGAUCUCGAUGGCUUGAGAAGAGACAUUGCUGACAAGAAGUCAUGUUGCAACCGCUUCAGUUGGUUUCAUAACUUUGAAAUAUGUAUUCUGGAAAGCAUUGAAAAUCUUGAGAUCUGUCGAAAUGGUUCGACAACUACCACGACUACAACAUCAACUACCACGACCACACCAACAACAUCAUCUACUACGACUACAACAUCAACUACCACAAUUUCACCAACAACAUCAGCUACCACAACUAGCACAUCAACAACAUCGACUACACCCACAACAUCAGCUACAACAAUUACAACAUCGACUACACCGACAACAUCAGCUACAACAACUGCAACAUCAACUACCACCACUUCACCAACAACAUCAUCUACCACAACUACUACAUCAACUACCACGACUUCACCAACAACAUCAGCUACUACAACUACAACAUCAGCACCAACAUCAGCUACUACGACUACAACAUCAACUACCACGACAACAACAUCAUCUACUACGACUUUAGCAACACUACCAAUGUGUCGGUUGGCUGGAGGAACAUGUCUGUUUCCCACCCCGGAAGCAUGCAGCGCUCUUGCGGGACGGGUGGAUUCCGGAUUGUUCUGUCCCGGCUCUUCUCCUUGCUGUAUACUUUAGGGAACAAAGGUUUUUCGGUGUCUGUGGAGGAGGAAGGGGUCGAUCUGUCAAAAAUAUGUACAAAAAUAAACUCAAUGACUC